AUGCGCGAAAUAUAUGUGUCUAUGAAACGAGUACCCGUAGCAACGGGACGCCAUGUCGUUAGCAACUAAUUGAUUGCCUAGUCUGGUUGAAGGAAAGAAUCCUUGUUCUGGAAAUAAGCACGUGACAGGUUGCUAGGUGCAUUUCUAUGACAACGUAUCUUCCCUGUUCCUGAAAUAAAUUUGUGUUUACAGUAGAAUUCGUCAUCGAGAACUUAGUUUCUUUAUUUUAAAUAAUCAACCUUUGGAUAACUUAUCAUCAUGAGCAGAUUGGGAUACAACGACUACAACAUCAUGCGCUCACGAAGUGCCACACCCCUGACCCCUGAAAUGUCCAAGAUCCUCCCCUAUGUCACCGAUAAAACCAUUUCCCGCCAUCUAGGGUACGCUGGAAGAUCUCUGGACAUGGGGCAUGCUAAAGCUUACUACAACCCUGCCAGAAAUGCCGUAUACUCCCGCUACUCCACCAAUGACUGGGGCAUGUCCAACAGCAUGAACUUUUCCCUGUCAGACAAGGAGAGAUCCUUCGCCGAGAGACUGAGGGCCGACGCCUGGAGAGCCGUCAAAGAAACAGAUGCCAGGACCCGCAACAGACAGAACGAUAUCACCAAGAAACUAGGGGAACGAGUAUAUGACAUUGCAUUCUGGAAAAGUGAACUUAACAACGAGGUUAAUGCCAUGGCAACAGAAAUUGAAAACUUGAAGGAAUACCGCCGUACUUUGGAGAAAGCUCUCGGGGACACUGCCAACCCUCUCCACAUUGCCGAGGAAUGUCUGAUGCACCGUGAAAAACGUCAGGGAAUCGACCUCGUUCAUGAUGACGUAGAACGCACACUCAUCAAGGAAGUGGAUAUCAUUAAGAAAUGCCAGGCUAAGAUGAAGAAGGUGUUGGACAAGGCCUACGUUCAACUGAAGAUGAACCGUGCCGCCCAGCACGCCAUGGAGAUCGAUGCCAAGGACAAGCACCAUGCCCAGAACCUGGACGAUAGGAUGCAACAGCUCAGAAACUCCUCUGCAGGAAUCGGUUACUUCCCAGGAAUCGAGAACAUUGAUAACACAAUUACUAUUCCUGAUUCUUGGGUGAGAUAUACUCAGGAGAAUAUCGCCAGAUCCCAGAAAGAACGUGCUGCCUCCGAACGUCUGAGAGGUGAAAUCGACAGCACUCUGCGAGCAUGUGCCAACGAGAUGUGGAACAACUUCAACUCCGUCAACAAUGCUUACAACACAAGAAUCAGAGAGACAACUGAUGCCAGGAACAAACUACAGGCUCAUUUGCAGAGAACUAUGCAGGAGAUCUUCGAUAUGGAGAAGAACAUCGAGUUGCUGCGUAAGGCAAUACAGGACAAGGAAAUGCCAAUGAAGGUGGCCCAGACUCGUCUGGAUGAGAGAACUAGACGUAUCAACGUGGAGCUCUGCAAUGACCCAGUCAUGAAAUCACUCCAGAGAGAAGUAACCGAGAUUAGAGAAUCAGUCAGAAUCCUCAAGGAGAGACUAAAGGCCUCUGAGCUCAGUUUAGCUCGCCUGAUGAAGACAAAGGCAACAUUGGAGCAUGACAUUGGAGUCAAAGAUAACACAAUUAAGAUCGACCAGUCUUAUUGUAUGGGAAUGCGCAAGGGUUUCCCCAUGGACCCUAAAAUCGGUCCAGUUUUUCAAAUGCCAACAUGCUAGGUAAUUUUUAAAAUAUAUUUAGGAACAAUUAUGCAUCAACGUUAUUGGACACCGACUUCAACUAUCCAGUGAACCAUUUCUAAAAAUUAUACUCUCUGUUAUAAAUCAUGUAUUAUCAAUAACAUAUCAAUGUUAUAAUUGUUUUUAAAGGCGAUCAGAAAUUUAGGACAUGUUCCUUUUGUUUCGAAUAUUAUCAAAGUUAAAACUAAUCUAUCAUGAAAAUGCAUAAGACAUCUUGAUUUGAAGUGAUUUUCCUAGUUUGCUGUCUGAGAUUGAUAUAAAAAGGAAUACAUUGUCCUAAAUUUUCUAGGCAUACACAAUUUUUCAGACAAUGAUAUGUUUGUUGUCUGUCAUGAUCUUUUUUUUAUAUUUCAUUGUAGCAAAUUCAAUUUGCAUUUGUUGUUUUUUUUAAAUAUCAUUUGUUAUGUGCUCAUUGUUUUACAUAUGUGAUAUCGGUAUGUUUGCCACUUGGAGUAAUUUAUUAGCUAAUUAGAUAUAGUUCUAAUUUAAUUUUUUUUUUUCAAUUUUACAACUGAUCAUUUAAACGAAAUAGUAUUUUGUUAUUUUGCUUUGACUAUCUAGUUUGUUUCUUUGGAAUAAUGAAGACAGUAUUUUCCAGCUAAACGAUUUUAAUGUGCUACUGUUGUGUCUCUCAAAUUUAUACAUUUGGGCAAUCAAACAGUAUUUACGAUUGUUAUGUAUGUUUGUUAAUGAAAAUAUGAUAUAGAUAUUUCUAUUUAUUGCCAAUUUUAUAUUAUACCACAUAUGUAUGAUUGUAUGUUUCUGGGGUUAAGGAUGUACUAAUUUAUCACAACAUUUCAGAAAAAUGCAAAUGUAUGAAUAUCAAAUUCUUUGAAUACCGAAUCCGAUGAAAUUACAGGUGAUUCAUGAACAUUUAUUUAUUUAAACCAUAUCAGUAUUAAGGUGUUCUGCAGAGUAUUAGUAUUGCUCAAGGAGAUUAAUUCAGAGCCCCUUGCCAUCAGUGACUGUGAUAGGUGCGGUUGGUUGUUAAUUUUUGUAUAUAACGUGGUAGCGCACACAGUAAUGUAAUGCUUAUGUUGUUUGCACAAAUAAAAAAAUCUACAUAAAAAUUAGAAUUGCU